UUUCAUUUUUAUUAUAUAUUUUUAUUUUAUUUUCUUGGCUUCGAAAUAAUAAAAUUUUCCGUUCUCUCUGCUUCUGUUGGGAUCCUGGAAGAACUCGAAGAUCGGAUCGAGCGCUCUCUCGCUCUCGAACCCGAAACCACCGAGCUCUCUCUCACAGGUGUUACAUGGACUUUGGAGGCUUGGAGAGAGAGAGAGGGCAGAGCCGUCGACUGUGAACCGAGCAAGCUGCGAUUCAAGUAAAAUUGAAGGUAAAAGGCCCCAGUUGAUUGAAUUAAAAUAAUGUCGUCGUCAAACUCACCGUGCGCAGCCUGUAAGUUUCUCAGGCGAAAAUGCACGCAGGAGUGCGUGUUCGCGCCCUAUUUCCCACCGGACCAGCCCCAGAAGUUCGCCAACGUCCACAAGGUAUUCGGAGCCAGCAAUGUCGCCAAGAUCCUCAACGAGCUCAACGCUACGCAGCGGGAAGACGCCGUGAACUCGCUGGCCUACGAAGCGGAGGCACGCCUCCGUGACCCGGUCUACGGAUGUGUGGGCCUCAUCUCCAUCCUCCAGCAACGGCUCAAGCAAGUCCAGGCUGACCUCUACAACGCCAAGAAGGAACUCGCCACUUACAUGGGUCCUCAAGCCAUGCUCUCCAUUCUUCAGCCACCACCAACUUACAUGCCCCAACAGCUGCAAGGAAACGCUUCUUCUUCGGCUGUUUCGCCGUACACCAUGUCUCCGAUGAUGGGCAUUUCGACCGGCCCUACUUCCGGGCAGUUGAUGAUUCGAGAGCCGCAGCAGCAACAACAACAACAGCAGAUGUUUGAGGCUCAGCAGUUGGCGGCGGCUGUGGCUGCGAGAGAGCAGCAGGAGAUGUUCAGGAGUUUUGAUCAAAGUAAACAGUCAAUGCAGCAAGGUCAAGAGCAUGUGAGAUUCAACAGUGGGUUUGACUUGUCCCCCGGCUCAGUGACCGUGAGCGGGUUCACUCAGAUGGCUGGAGCAGUGUGCAAUGCUGUUUCACCUUCUUUGGCUCUGGGGUUUGAUAGCAAUUCUUAUCAUCAUCAGAUUCAGCCGCAACAAUCACAUCAUCAUCAUCAGCUUCAGCUUCAGGCUCAGCUCUUGCUCCAAACCCAACAGCCUCAAGGGCAGCAUCAGAACCAGCAAUCACAGCAGACGCAGCUGCAGCAAAAGUCCGAUCCAGGCGAGGAGGGCGGUAGGAGUGUGGGUCCCUCCUGUUGAUGGCAAUUUUUUCAGCUCCUCCUGCCUUCCCCGCUUUUUCAUUCAACUAAUUUUCAUCCUAGCAGUUCAUAUCUUCCGCAUACAACUGGAGAUCUAGAGAGAGAUAUAUAUAUAUAUAUAUAAAAAGAGUGUAGGAAAUGAGAUUUGGAGAGGUUCAAAUCUGAGGUCCAAAAUCUAAAUCAUUUUUGAGUUUUAAAGAGAAGUUUGAUUGAAGAGAUAUUUCCAAGUGUAGGAUCUGCAUUGAUCUUCGAGUACAGUAUUGAUCUUGAUCUUCUGGAUUAGUCGUGAUAUAAUCCACGCUUCUUUUUUUGCAAACAUGUAAAUCUGAACUUCUGGAAUUAUCUAAGGCCUUUUUCCAUCUCUUCUAAUAUUAGCAUAUCCCUUAUUAUUAUUAUUAUGAUUGUAAUGGUGGUGCUAACAAUAACAAGAUGUCAUUGUUAUUA